UCGGUCAGAUGCAGCAUUCGAGCGCACGCGAUUCGUCGGAAGGCACGCGACUCAUCUGGAAAGAACUUUUCUACCAUGGAACACCUCACGUCUGAACUUAAUUCAUUCGUUGAAUGGCUGGGAGAAUACCCACCGGAGCUUACUGCUGGAUCAUUAGAAGGCCAAGGCUCUGAAAUAGGAAAGACCACUUCUAAUGACACGGACUUGGAAAGAGACAACGCUGGCAGUACGACCACUAACUGGCUGCAGCUCUUGCCCAAAACACACGGCAAACGCCAAGCGGUCAUCGCCUCUCUGGCUUUCCAGAAGACCUGGGCACAGGUAUGUCGUCUGUUGGAAAUCCUGGAGGAGGACUAUAAGAGAAUGGAGAACUGGUGCUGCCCAACAGGCAAACCUGACUCCAGCGCUCAGUUGGACCAUGUGACCUUCAUGAUCAGUAAACACCUGGAACAGAAGGAAUUCUUCCUCAAGGCCUGCACGUUAACCAAGGGCAUCGCAAAGAUCUUCUACCAGUACGUAGAGAGGAAUGGCGAUACAAUGGGAAGGCUGGGUCACGACCAAGAAGAGCAUGUUACAGGCAUCUUAACUGAUUUGUGUGAGAGGGAGAACCGUCUCCUCUGUUUAUGGAAUGUUAGAAAGCAACAACUGGACCAGUGUCUGCAGUAUUUGGCUUUAGAACGCCGUGCCAUACAGGCCCAGAAGAGCAUACAAGACAUGGGCGAGCUUUACCUGUCGAUGCACUACUCCACCGGCUCAGGCAUCAGCUUCAGGCAGAAGCUGCUGAAGGAUAAGGAAAACAUUAAAAUAAUCAGCAAGCAAAUUGAAGAAUGCGUUAAGCUUCUCAUCCAACUGGCAGACGGGUACUGUGCCAAAGGACACAGCCAUGCCGGCAAGAUGAUAAAAAGUGUUUUGGCAGUCGACCGGUGCUACCAAGAUUUGAACCGCCGAAUGGAAAAGCACCGCUCCAGCUUGGAGAAAUUGAAGAACAAGAACAAGUGGAGUUGACGGAUGUUUUGUCUUUUAGGUCCCAGUUGGCAAAAGUGGCUCAACAAAAGCGUGUGGUGGCCAAACCAUAAUUAAGAAGUACAGUGGCUGGC